AUGUCAUGGAAAUACGCACUAGGUCAGUACAUAAAGAGUCCUGAAAAAUUCCCCAACGAUGUGACUCUCGACACACCAGACUUUGUCGUGAUCAAAGAUGCGUUCCCGAAAUCACAUAUCCAUUACCUGGUGUUACCCAAGGCUGUCAAGCCCGAUACCCAUCCUCUAAAGGCGUUUGAAGACGACAACCUGUACGAAAAAACUCGUGCCAUGGUGGAAAAAGUUGAGAAAAUGGUUGCUGUCGAGUUCAUUCGUACAAAGGGAUACUCCAAGGACGUGAAGAUCCAGUCAGGCAUCCACUCGGUGCCCAGCAUGAAUCAUGUCCAUGUCCAUGUUAUGACGACAGAUCUGUCUUCUCCCCGGCUCAAGAACCGCACACACUUCAACUCGUUCAGGACUGGCUUUUUUGUGCCAUUCAGAACGAUCCCGGAUCUGAAAGUCCCAAGUCUUGACGCCUGGAUGGUCUCACAGGAGAAACUCAUCAAGGGGGACAUUGUGGUGGAUGGAGAGAACUUUGGGAACAAGUUUGCAAAGGCCAAGAGAAGACUGGAUGAGGAUUUCCACAAAGCCACGAUUCACGGUAUUCCAGAGGAGGUGGAGGAUGAUGAUUAUAGGGUGAUGGAGAUGAUCUCUUAA